ACGCAACAGGAGUAUCGAGGAUAUGACAACCCACGAGAACGCGGUCGAGGGCAUGGCCAUCGAGGAGGAGGAGGCCGUGGUCGAGGUCGCGGAGGUGGUCGUGAUUAUUAUGGUCAUGAUAACAGAUACUGAUCUGUGCUGUUUUUCUGUGUAAUA